UGCAUGUUAGGGGUGCCCAGGUCGAUACCUGGCGUAUUAAAACACCCUUGCCUGGCCAGUCCUUCCAGACCUUUCCUGAACAUUCUGCCACACCAGAGCUGAGGGAUCCCAGCUUCUCUCAUCCCGGGACACUGACUCUCUACAGGAUGAAGCCUGGCACCUGCCCCCUUUUCAUCCUCAUCCCCCUUCUCCAGCUGGUUAUCCCAGGGAGUCCUGAGUGUUCCUUAGACACCAUUGUGGAAAAUAAGAUCAAGGGCAUUCUCAACGGUCUAGAGUAUAAUCCCUCUGCCACAACAAAGCAGCUCGUGUGCACCAGCAUCACAAACUCAGGCAAACUGUCCUCCUGCCCUGCAGGGAUGUCUGUCACCGGCUGUGCUUGUGGCUACGCCUGUGGUUCCUGGGAUGUCCGGCAGGAAAAGACGUGCCACUGCCAGUGCAGUGUGGUGGACUGGACCACUGCCCGCUGCUGCCGCCUGGCCUGAGACGGGGAAGGCUGGGAACUAGAAGGCUGAGAACCUCAUUUUGUGAUCCUGACAGGAAUGAAACAUGAUCCCAACCAGGAAACCUGACUCACUACAUCUCCUUCAUUUGUUUCAACCCCCGCUUCUUGAGUAAUAAAGACAAACAUUGCACCUUUC